AUGGAGCCAUCGCCUCCUCAAGCCGAAUCAUCGGCGGUACCACUUUCAUCAGAGCUCGAGACCUUGACAUCGGUCUACUCCGAAGCAGCAGCCUACCUUGCAAAACUCACGGCGCAGCUAGCGGAAUUAGAAACAACUCAAACUACACUUCUACAUUCCUAUCAUGCCACUUCCACGGCUUUGGCGGAUAUUAGAGGUUAUAACGCCGUAGCACCGGCAAUGGAUUUAUUACCUGUUUACACCGCGAAAGUAGCACGGUUGAAGCAAUUGAUGGGACAACAGAGACAGGCGGUUGAUAGGAUGAAAGUUAGGGCUGAGGAGGUCAGGAAGGUCAAAGCAGGUGUUCAUGAACGGUUGAAGAAGAGGUGGGAAGAAGAGAGGGAGAGGGAUAAGGGUUUGACCGCGAGGAUGGUGGGGGCAGUGGGCAUGAGGACUGGGGUGGUGAAUAAUACGGAGGGAAAAGAGGAAGAACUAGUUGUAGCGGUAGGUAAGGGUUUGACGGGGAAUGGUAAGGUUCCUGAGCCCUCGUCCUCGUCAUCCUCGUCGAUGCCGGCAUCACGGAUUGAGCGGCAACUUGAAGUUCAAGGAUACCAGGGGCCGGGGACGUCGGUUGAUGCACCUGAACCAAGUAUACCACCUACUAUAGCGGUAGUUACAAAGACGGUUGUAAAAAGGAAGAAGAAAGCAAGACAGGCUGAGAUUGAAUAA